GGAAACAUGGCGGAGGAAGAGCAAAGAAAAAAGAUCCCGUUGGUUCCAAAAAAUCUCCUGAAAAAGAGGAAGGCUUAUCAGGGCCUUAAAGCCACUCAAGCAAAGCAGGCGCUUUUGGAGAAGAAGGAGCAGAAGAAAGAAAAACAGCUCAAGUUUGAGCGACUGGAAUGGUUCUUACAUGAUUCCUGGCGACAGCAACGUGACAGGGUGCGCCUCGGACGACUAGAAGUGAAACCUCGUGGCCUGGAAGUGCCAGAUAAACAUUCCUUGGCCUUUGUUGCACGCAUCCAAAGGCUUAAUGGGGUGAGUUCAGUGGUGCAGAGAACCAUUGCAAGGCUUCGCCUGGAGAAGAUUUUCAGUGGUGUCUUUUUCAGAGUAACCCCCCAGACCAUAAAAACGCUUCGUGUAGUGGAACCUUAUGUGGCCUGGGGAUUUCCAAAUCUGAAGUCUGUCCGGGAACUCAUCUUGAAACGUGGACAAGCCAAGGUCAAGAAUAAAACCAGCCCUUUGACAGAUAAUACAGUGAUUGAGAAGCACCUGGGGAAGUAUGGUGUUAUUUGCCUGGAAGACCUCAUUCAUGAAAUUGCCUUUCCGGGGAAGAACUUCCAGGAGAUCUCUGCAUUCUUACGUCCUUCCCAUCUCUCAGUGGCCCGUCACACUACCAAGAAUAGAGUGGGCUUCCUGAAGGAGGUGGGCUUACCUGGCUAUCCAGGUGAACGCAUCAGUCAGCUCAUUCGACAGUUGAAUUAAACCCAGCGUAUCUGAAAACGCAGCACAUCGGUGGCGCGUGCUUUGUCUCUUAGAAGUGUUACCAGUAUCUUCGAAGAGGAUUAUUUUCUGUUAAAUCUUGAGAAACUAGAGGAAGAGUCAGGGAAAAAAUGAUGAUGAUCUGGCAGGCAUUUGUCAUCACAGCCCAGUUCCAAGGGAAAGUUCCAGUGUGUUUCCCACGGAAGAGCACACAU